CUGUAAUGUCAGUUUCUUGAUGUAAAUAAGCCGGUUAGUUAUUUUGAAAUCCGUAAAUAUCUGGUUUUAUCACCUUAACUUGUGAAAAUUCGAGAUCCAUCAGCAAUACUACGGGAGUAAAAGUUCUCAUCACCAUAAGAUGCUGAAGCAGUAACGUGUAGUACGUUCGCGCCUAUUAUGACCGCAAUAUUAGGCGCUGGAAUUAGUGGCCUCUCGGCCGGCUACUACCUACUGAGAAAAGGCCUAACGCCAUCUUCCGUUUUGAUACUCGAAACAAGCAAUCGAGUUGGCGGUUGGAUUCGCAGUGAACGGUUCGAUUCGGAGGGCUAUGUGUUCGAAUCCGGUCCGAGAACGAUUCGUCCGAAGGGAUUGGCAGCCAGCAACACACUCGACUUAAUCGAAGAUGUCGGUCUGGCCGAUCAGGUCUAUCCGAUAUUUUCCAAUCACGUUGCUGCCAGGAAUCGAAUGAUUUACGCUAAAGGGAAGCUGAAUAUGCUGCCAUCGGAUGUGGUCGGCGUGUUAAAAACAAAACCUCCAUUCACAAAACCAUUGUUUAUGGCAGGCUUCAAGGAUCUUUUCACGGGGCGAUCAAGCGUACGAUUAGAGGAUGAAACGAUUUACAGCUUCGUGAACAGGCGCUUCGGACGAGAGAUUGCAGACUACGCGAUUAGUGCGAUGUUGUGUGGAAUAUGUGCUGGAGAUGCAAAACAAAUAAGUGUCAAGUUUUUGAUGAAACGCAUGUUUGAAAUGGAACAAGCUCACGGUGGUGUCAUCAAAGGGUUUCUGAAGGACGCUCUUUUUAGAAAGAAACAGCAAGAUACCAAAGCUCAAGAUUCUAGCGAACUAGCGAAACGAGCCAAAGCUGAAAAUUGGAGCAUUUAUUCGAUUUACGGGGGACUUCAAACAUUACCUAUUAGGAUAGGUCUAAUUCUGAAAGAACAAAUGGUUGAUAUUCGAACAGAUGUGACGUUCGAAGAGAUUGUUUUCGAUGGGAACCAGAUCCUGCUCAAAGUUGAUGGAAAGGAACGAGUCGUUGAUCGUUUGAUCAGUAGCAUCCCAAGUUAUAAGUUAGCCAAGCAUGUGGAAAAACAACACCCAUCUUUGUCGAAAGAGCUAGCAGCGAUCCCGUUUGUGGAUGUAGCCGUUAUCAAUAUUCGUUACAAAACCCCUAAUCUACAGAAGUACGAAGCUUUCGGGUUUCUGGUACCUCCUAUUGAGAAUCUUCCCAUAUUGGGGGUAAUUUUCGAUAGCUGCUGUUUCGACAUGGAGAACAAUACGGUGCUGACCGUGAUGAUGGGAGGAUCUUGGUUCGAGAAAUGGUUCGGAACUAAUCCCAAGGAAGAGCAACUAUUGACCGUCGCCCUGGAACAGUUGCGUAAAAUUCUCGGUAUUCGAGAACCUCCCGAUUCGUAUAAGGUCAACAUUCUAAGGAAAUGCAUUCCUCAGUACGUGGUAGGGCACCACAAGCGGGUGGAUGCAAUCAGACAAUAUAUCCGAGAGCACAAGAUACCGCUAGCUCUUUGCGGAUCUUCGUACGAUGGGGUAGGCGUGAAUGACGUAAUACUUUCGGCCAGGGAAUGCGUUGAUGGUUUGAUAGGAAAUGGUUUUAAAUAAAUGGUGAUUUUGUUUAUUA